UUUUAAAAAUAUUUAAAUUAUGUUUAAAAAAUUAUUUAUUUAAUUAACUGUUAAUUAAUUUUUGUAAAAAAACCAUGGAUGAGCAUAUUAGACAAGCACCUGCAUUAAAUAUUUUACCACCGACUCCUGCAGGAUUGGAAUCUUUAUAUUCAUUAUGCCGACAAAUUUAUCCAAAUCAAGCGAAUCCUUUACAAGUAACAGCAUUACUUAAAUAUUGGUUGGGUGGUCCUGAUCCUUUAGACUACAUCAGUAUGUAUGCAAAUCCUGGUAUUCCACAAGAAAACAUUCCUCCACAUUGGCAUUAUAUUAGUUUUGGUCUAUCGGAUUUACAUGGAGAUGGUCGGGUCCAUGAAAUCAAUACAAAUCCCGAAGGUCUAUCUGGAUUUGGUUUUGAAUUAACAUUUCGUUUAAAACGUGAACCUGGAGAAACAGCACCACCUACUUGGCCCGCCACACUAAUGCAAUCACUUGCUAAAUACGUGUUUCAAUCGGGUAACAAUUUAUGUGCGGGAGAUCAUGUUUCAUGGCAUUGUGCUCUCGAUAACAGUGAAUCACGUAUCCAACAUAUGCUGAUGGCCCGUGAUCCACAAUUGGCAAUCACUCGUACACCGUUUGGUACAGUCGAUUUCGUACAAAUUGUGGGUGUGUGUGCUGACGAAUUACAAGCGGCCCAACAAUGGAAUGGAAUUGGUGUACUAGAAAUGUUAAGUCGAUUACCUAGUGCUGGCGGUAAAUGGCUAGUAACGGAUAUGCGACGUGGUGAAAGUAUAUUUGAAAUUGAUCCAAAUGCACAUGAAGAAGUUGAACGUGGUUUUGAAACGGAAGGUUCAAAUUUAAGUGGUGUUAGUGCACGGUGUUCAUGGGCUGAAGCGGAUAUUUCACAGGAUAAUCGUAAUAAAGAUCGUAAUGCAAAUAAUCGUGAUAUACCACAUAUAUCAGAAGAGGAAUCGGAUCAAAUUCGUACAACGUUACAACGUGGACUAAGCACAAUACCCGGUUCAAUAAGUGAUCGGAAAGAUCGACAAUCAAAUGAAUCGAAAUCGGAUGAUGGUCGUGAAUCUCAUAGUGUGUUAGAAUCAACAGAAUUGUUACGAAUUCGUAAAUUAGAUGGAAUUCAUUUAACGUUUAAUUUAGAAGCUGGUAGUUUAUUACCUCUUGCUAUUCGAGGUCGUGUAAAACACGGUAGACACUUUACAUACAAAUCAGUAUUAGGUGAAACAGCCAUAACUCUGGUAGCAAGCAGUGUGACUGGAACAUUAGUAGAUUCAGAUCAUCCGUAUGUGUCACAAGGUGCAUGGUUACAAGUAUUAAUACCAGAUGAUUUAGCACAACAUAUGGCAACAAGUUUUGAAACAUUAGCUAAACCAGAAUUACUAACAUUACCGAAAACAUUCUCAUGGCCAGAUCAUAAGCUAUUAGUUACUAUUGUUGCUGAUAAAAUAUAAAAUAUAAAGAUAAUAUUGGUCUGCGGCCCAGCGCCGUUUUAGUGAGUCAUAUCAGAAAGGCUGAAAAUUUCAUAGGUGAUAUAGUCAGCAUUGUGUCCUCAAUCGUAAGCCUAUUCCGCCUUCCCAAAGCGGGGAACUUCGAUCUAAUAAAGUGUCAAAGAUCGAGUGCUUGUCUCAAGUUUAAAUUGAUUCCAGAAAGGAUAGAACCGGCAGAUUCUUUUCUGAAAUCAAAUUCCUAAUGAAACAGAACCGUCAUAUUUAGUGUUGCGUAAAACCAAUUCGCUUGGUCGCAGAUCUAUAACAUUUAUCCUUCGAAAACAAAAAACAAAUAAAUUAUUUAUUUACGGUAUUUUCGUAUAUUUUUAUAAUACGCAUUCGACUAUAUUUAUGAUCAUUUUUCUUGCAUGAGAAAUUCACAAGAAAAUUUUCGUUUUUCUGAUAGCAGUUUUUUCAUCCGUUUCGUAGAUUAAUUGGAUUAAAAAUAAAACACACAAAAUGUGUCAGUUUGGGACGCCCUUAAAAUUUGUACCAGAAUAAAAUAAUAGAUAAUUUCGUAUAAAUGAUAAUGAUAGCUAUAAAUUGAAAUUCGAUUAUCUAGAAAAUGAAAUCUUCGUGAAAUUCUUUAGGAAAAUGAAAAGAUAUUUUGUAAAACGAUACAAUAAAUUUGUGGCCUUAAUAAGAUAAUUGUUUGGAUAUGAUAUUCUACGCUUGUAAUCUCGAUUUUUAUAUAAAAAAAUAAUGUAUUUAU